AUCCUUGUGACAGUUAGAAUCAUAAAUUAUUGUAGUGACCUUAUAAGGACGGGAAUCAUGACGACAAGUCAACAAGGAAUCAUUCAUAAAAACUUCUCAGAAGUCAUUAACAAACGAAACAUAAUAAUUGGAUGUGCUUAAUCGUGGAUAUGAGUAGACCAUAACUCUUGGACAUUUCCCGGUAUUUUGAAAUUAUUGCUGAAGCAAUAAAUCCCCGAUCUUUACAACACUUAUUUACAAAUAGCUUAGCGACAUCAAUUGCUAAAUAUUACUUUGAAUAAAUUAAAUACUACGUUGAGUAUAAAUAUGGGUCAGUAUGGCAAUCAGUGUUUUACAAAUCUCCUUCGAGUGAAGAAACGUGUCACUUARAAGAAUUAUUAACGAUGUCGUUCAAGAUCACUGUUUUCGUUGCUGUUAUGAUAACCUGUUAUUUACACACGUGUAUGCCACGCCCAUAUGCGCAAAAUAUCACAGGGAGCCCAACAGUAGGACUGGUAACCAAGCGUUCAUUAUCGUUACGAACAAAGCGUUGUACCGAGUACCACGAUCCGACUUUGCCUCCUUGUGCGAAAARUAGAACUUCAUUUCAAUCAMACGGCAAGACAUACUAUAACUACAUCUGCUAUGACACUUUCCCUCCAUGUGCAGCGUGCAGUGGAAGAACUUGUAGCGWACAAAUACGAGAAAUGGACGGAAAAGUACGUGUGACAGAGUGUAAAUGUAASAAAUCCUAAAAGACUGCUUGAAUUAUAUAUUGCGAAUCUGUUGUAACCACUGAUAUAAACGUAUUUAUUCUAAUUGCUAUUUAUGUGAAUCUUUCAGACUUGUAAUAUAAGUUUUUAAUAAAUCUAAGAGCCAUUUGUCAUUUUGCAUCACGUUGUUAUUUGCAUAGGAAUAGUACACUAUUGUGAUAUACACCUCCCCCCUCAGUCUCGCGCCUCCCCUCAUCCCCUCUUCCUCCUUGGAUAGAUAGGAACUAUUCAAAGGGCGUUAUCACUUUUUUGUUCCGCAUGAAAAUCCUAUUUCCGAUUAAAUACCGAAAUUUACAACGUUAGUGUUUUCUCGUUAUCACUUUUUCCGUUAGCUAUGAGGACAGUUAAGGCGCCCAUUUUUUGCUUUCAGCUUAUUCUUGGUAAAGCGAUAAAUUGAAACACUGCGGCCACUUGGAGUAGACUGAGUGAUUGCGUGACUUGCUGGAUCGAUGUUUCAAUUCUGUCACUUCCUCAUGUGGUCUUAUUCUAUUGCACGAUCUCA